AAGUGAGCUAAGCGGUGGCGAAUAUGCCCCUGAUAUAUUUCCGAGUCUACGAAGUAAUACGCCAGAGUGGUUGCUGACGUUCAGGGUCUAAUGCUACCGUGGUAGAACACAUACAGGGUACAGUGAAACCCUUCCCUGCACACUACGCCUUAAAUGAGAUCAGAGACUUUUUAAUUUUCAUCUCACCUACCUCAAAGUCUUACCGAGCCACUCCAAAUUUGUAAAUUCAUCGUUGCGCCUUGAGACACCAUGGAGUUCGAUCUUUUCCCUAUCUGGUUUCACCCACUCCUCUUAUUCACGAUAUUGAUCAGGCUAAUUAUUCAAAGUCAUAAGAUUGCGAAGCAUCCGAAUCUUCGCUCUGUCCCCGGGCCUUUCUUCUCGGCUUACUCGAGUCUCCCCUUGCAGAUAGCGAUUCUUCGCGGCCGAAGGACGGUAUACAUCCAUGCGUUGCAUGAAAAAUAUGGACCCUAUGUACGCAUCGGCCCACAAGAAAUAGCCAUCGCCGACAUCGAGGCUCACCGAGUCAUCCAUCGAGUCGGUAGUGACUACAACAAAGGCUCAUGGUAUCAGGGCCAGGUCCCCACACUGCACACCGACGCGCCAUCAGGCAUCUUCUGUAUCAUGAACAACAAGGACGCGUCCCACCGCCGACGAGUGUUACAGAAAGCCGGUCCCAUGAAGGUGGUGCUCGAGUGGGAGCCGCAUGUCAUCGCGUUGACGGGGCUCGCUGCCCGCAAUAUCAAAUACGAACUCGAGAAGUAUGGGUUCUCGGAUGUGAUGAAGCAGUGGACUGUGAUGAGCGCGGAAAUUCUGAACCUUGCAUUUGGACAAUCGUCUGGCGACACUGAAGAAGAGGGCAAGAAUCAUGUGCCGCACGCUGUCGGGCCCAUGAUGCCGAUGAUUAGCAUGCGAGACGACUGGCCCUGGACGAGAUUCUUCUUCGAGACCUUACCAUCUUGGUGCCCGUCUGGUCUCACUUCAGUAUGGAAUCGCUUUGCCAGGGGCGAAAAAGGAGCAGAGAGAGCCACACACAGCAAGACGCUCUUCUCGAAGAUGGUGCGGAGCGCCCAACACCCCAACGGCGCAGCCACACAACAAGAAGCCGAUGCCCUCGCCGCCGGCACCGAUAACACCGCAAUCACACUGACCUACCUCGUCUACACCGUGCUGAAGCACGAAGACGUCAAACUCAAAUUGAUCGAGGCCCUCGCAACACUGCCACGGAACCCCUCCUCCAGCCAGCUAGAAGCCUUACCACACCUGCAAAACGUCAUCCAAGAGGUCCUGAGACUGCACCCCGUAGUCCCCGGCAGCCUCCCGCGCAUCGUGCCAGAGGGCGGCGGACGCCUGGGCCCCUACGUCUUCCCCGGCGGCAUCCAAGUCUCGACGCAAGCCUGGACCAUGCAGCGCGACGCCCGCGUCUUCGCCGAUCCGCUCAAGUACCCAAACCCCCUUCCCUACAGCUACCUUACAGCAGUAGCUAAUCAUCGCAGAUUCGACCCCGACCGCUGGAACGACCCCACGCCCGCGAUGCGCGAGCACAUGCUCGUUUUCGGCGGGUCGGCGCGCAGCUGUCUGAGCAAGGACAUCGCGCGGGUGAGUCUGGCGCACGCGGUGGCGGCGCUGUUCAGGGAGUGUCCGCGGAUCGGGCUGGGAGCGGAGACGACGGAGGAGAGUAUGGAGAUGGUGGAUUAUUUUGCGGUGAAGCCGCGGGGGAGGCGGUGUGUUGUUGUGCCUGUGGAUCGAGAGUAG